AAGACAUACUAUGUACUUGUUGCUCAGGAAAAUAUGCAGCCACAAUGAAUAGCACAGUAUUUUUAGUGUCCAUUAUGUAUAAUUUGUAUCUGCUCUAUGCUGACCACUCAAAACAUUCAGAUAUUAAUAAAGACUGCCUAACGUUUUGCCGACCUGGAUUCAGCCAAUUACAUGAUAACAAUAGUAUAGUAAACUGAACAUAUACAUCAAAAGAAAGCUGAACAGCUUGAACAUAUAUGAAUGAAUGAAUUUUGUAUUGCGGUAUUUAUGCAUCUUGGAGUGUCCCUCCCCCAGCUGAGUAAUAUCAAAAAAUGCAUCAAUCAAUGUAAGAAAGUUGUUGAUGACAAUGGUUACCAUCUGCAAAUUUGGGGGUGGACCCAUUAGACGUCAUGAUCAUUUUCUGCUGCUUGAUAGCUUUUAUGAUAUGUUACAGUCUGUUAAUUAUCGUUGCAGGAAAGAACUUACGUCACAGUUUGAAGGAAAACAACGCCCUGACAUAGCAGUAUACAACUACCGUGACAGCAAAAGGCUACUGGACAUUACAAUUACCCAUCCCUGGUCCAAGACAAAUCUAACAGGCAGCAGGGAGAAAGCUGGAUUUGCUGCAUCUGCAAAGGAGAAAGAGAAGGAUGAAAAGUAUUUAUUGAAGGCAAACAAUCUUUGGACACCUCCUUCGGCCAUUGAAGUUUUUGGAAAAUGGGGGAAACGAGCUGAGGAGACAUUGAAGGAGUUGUCUUUGUUGGCACCACCUGUGCUAAAUAUGCCUUGUGACCAAUUCAAGAGAACCUGGGCAAUCCAGUUGGCAGUAUGUCUGCAGAAGGAGAACUCUGACAUAAUAGUGACAAGAUUAUCAGCAUUGUCGGGUAAAAGUCAACUAAGGCAGCUAUCAUGCCAACUUCGCAUUUUGGGGUUUUGAAAAAAUUAAUUUGAUCUGACUGACAGGGCUACUACAGCCUAGAACUUUGUAUUGUAGCUAGAUUUUGUUGUGAUGAUAAUGUUUUUGAAAUGAAUGCAUUUUUUGACUUUGAUUGCUCUGACUAACAUUUUUAACAUAGGGGGACUUUGCCCAAAUGACAAGGUUAUAAACCCUGCUUACUUAAUUAAUUAAGUCCCAGGCUCUUGCUUCUGGACAACUGCUCAAAUAACCAU